AUGUUGUCUGCCUUCCGGGAAGAGCGUGCUUGUUCAGAGUCUGACAGGCAACUACUUAGUCCAUACGACUAUGACUCCUUUGGGCUGUGGGGCAGAGACAUCCUGGCUCGUAAGCGCGAAAAGUUGCGCUGUAUACUUCACUAUUUUGCAAGAGUUUCUCCCCCCGCCAGCGUUCCCACAGGAACCGUCACUUUCACACGACGAGUUCUAUCUUCUCUGCCUGAUUGGGUCUCCUCCCAGAAAACCUUUGAGACUACGCGUCUUCAUGUCAACGUGACGGGAUCAAUCGAAGAGGCGGGUCCGGGAACUGUGCAGACCUGA